GACCAGUCCUUGAUGUGUCUGUCUCUUCGUUUAAUCUGUAGUUAAUUGCAGGGGUGAUGACCUCUCGCACUCUACGUGUCUUCUCCGGCAAUGAUGGCGGCAUCCUGUUGUGACAAGGUUGGGGCGUUCGUAAGUUGGGUUGUUUCCUUUGUCUGGCCGCGGUGGGCUGCUCCGGCAUCUAAUAUUGGCAUGUCAUUUUCACGUUGUCUCUUACGGAUGAUUCCCCCUUCGCUCUACAGUGAGCUGUGUUCCUUUCCGGCCCCUGCCUGUACCUCGGGGCCUCCUUGUCUUCUGUUCACUGUGAUCGAGAGCGCGAACUUUCAGUGUCUCGCUCACACCUGCUCGCCGUUCAUGUACAUGAGACUUGAUAGAUGCCUAGCAAUCUGAAUUGGGCGCAUGUCGCCAGGUCUACAUGUUCAACUCUUUCC